CCAGAAUGCAGCGGAAAACGCUGCUGCUGCUACUUCCGCUCCAGCAGUUUGUAAACACAGCGAAAGGAGAGAUGGAGUCGAGAGGUCUCACCUAAAAAUAUUCUGCAGCGGGAUAAAGCGGCUGUAGCGCGGCGGACAGCGGCCCGCAGGCCCGGGAAACUCAUCUGCGGAGCUCAGGGCAGCCCGGGGGACUUUAAUCCCGGAGAUAGCGGCGAUAUUUCCGCUGUUUUAUUCUGAAAUUCAGCGCUGUGUGUGGUUUUUCUCUGAUUAUCAGCAGCCUGAGAGAGACUGAGCGCAGCGGACUGACAGACAGACAGAGCGACAGACAGCGCGGAUACCGGAUUAUUCAGUGUAAAAUUAUUCAGUUUUAUAUCUUUAAAUGGGGAACUGUCUCUCCUCGCAAGGUGCAGACGACCUGUCUCUCCUCAACGAGUCUGAAGGGGCCAGUCUUCCCGGGGAGCCUCCACCACCCUACCAGGAGCGUGUACAGGUACCCGUGUACCACCCCACACCCAGUCAGCCCCGGCUGGCCACCCAGCUGACGGAGGAGGAGCAGAUCCGGAUCGCUCAGCGCAUCGGCCUCAUCCAGCACCUCCCCCGUGGAAUCUUCGACCCCGGCUCCGAACCCUCCGACAAGAAGAUCAAAGAGUGUGUGAUCUGCAUGCUGGACUUUGAGUACGGCGACCCCAUCCGGUUCCUGCCCUGCAUGCACAUCUACCACGUGGACUGCAUCGACGCCUGGCUCAUGCGCUCCUUCACCUGCCCGUCCUGCAUGGAGCCCGUGGACGCCGCCUUGCUGUCCACCUACGAGACCAACUGAGAGAUACGCCCACCCGCAGGGGGGCAUCCACCUGAUCCUGAUCCUACAUGCCAAUCCAGUCAGCCGAGGGUUCAGCCCCACGCGAGGGAUUAGCAUUAGCGCGGGGGCGGUGGCUUUGGCGACCGUGUUUGGGAAUGUGUGUGAGUGUAGGUGUGCCCAUGCAAAAAUAUGAUAAGUGAUACUGAUAUUGAAGGUAUAUUCCAGUGAAGUUUAAAGGUCUGUAUGAAUUGGAAUAUAUUGAUGUAUUAAUAAUAUAGUAUAUUCCAUUUUCUUGAAAGAGACAAGAUCCUAAAUUUGAUUGGACGUCUAAAGACGCGUAGAGAGCAUAGAGUGAAAAGAAACGUGACCUUUUAUGGGCCAAAACUGUGCGAUUUUGACGCUGGGUUAGCUCAGAUGGAGUGAUUUAAUAGGAAUAUGAACUAUUUAAAGGAUAAUUUUGAUGGAGGUAGACUAUUAUAACUGUGUUAUAAGUGGGUGGGGCAACUCUUUUUCUUUUUUUUUUUUUUUUUUUUUUUUUGUCUUUUUCCACGCUUUUUUUUUUUUCCUCCCAGAAUGUGCAAUACACAGAAAAAGAAGA